GUGAAAUUGCUGUUCAUCUUCGAAUACCGAUUUGUAAUAAAUCACAUAAAAUGAGCAAAUCAUCAUCAAUCGCCGGCUUCAUGAAAGAUGUAUACAACGACGAUUUUAAAUGGUCAAUUGUGAAGAGUAUUGGGAUCUUUGCACUUGGAGUCACAAUUGCGAAGGAAUGUCAAGGAAUGGAGCUCUUUGUUCCCACUCCAUAAUUUUAUCUGUUGCAAUUGGAACCUAGUACAAACAAGAGAAACAAAUUAAAUUAUAAAUGACUUAUUGUGUUUAAUGUAAUUAUAAUUUUAUAAAUAAAAAAUGAACAGAUUCAUUAUGUGUUCCAAGUGGAUGUUGUUUUUAAUAAUUGGAUUCCUUUUUUGCUCUCUAACCAUUGGAGAGAUUCAAAGGCCUAACUUUGUAUUGGUUUUGACUGAUGAUCAAGAUCUGUUAUUGGAUGGUUUAGUACCUCUAGAAAUAACUAGAAGACUUAUUGCAGAUGAAGGUGCAACAUUUUCAAAUUUUUUUGUUAACUCUCCAAUUUGUUGCCCAAGUCGAAGCACAAUUUUGACAGGAAAGCAUGUACAUAAUACUGGAGUGGUUAACAAUUCCUUGUCAGGAAACUGUUCUGGACGAAAAUGGCAACAAAAUGAUGAAAAAGCAACUAUUGCUGCGUUACUGAAAUCAGACAACUACACAAAUUUCUAUGCUGGAAAAUACUUGAAUAAGUAUGGGGAUAGUAAAGUUGGAGGUUUGUCUCAUGUUCCAAAAGGUUAUGAUUGGUGGAUAGGCCUUAAAGGAAACUCGAAAUAUUACGAUUAUGAACUAUCUAUAAAUGGAACGGCGAAAAAAUUUGAAAAAGAUCAAUACCUAACAGAUGUUAUUAAAAAUUACGCUCUUGAUUUUCUGAAUCACGUCCAUAAAGAUAUGCCUUUCUUUAUGAUGAUAGCUCCACCUGCAGCACACGCCCCUUUCACGGCAGCUAAAAGACACGAAACUAAAUUUCCGUUAGUUAAAGCCAAAAGAACGCAAACUUUCAAUGCCACGCCAAUACAUAAACAUUGGUUGAUGCAACUUCCUCCAAUUAACUUACCCUCAAAUGUGGAUAUAUUGGAUAACAUUCAAAGACAUCGCCUUCAAACUCUAUUAGCUGUUGAUGAAUUAGUAGAUGAGCUUGCAAGAAAAUUAAUGGACAUGCAUAUUUUUAAUAACACAUAUUUUAUAUUCACUUCAGAUAAUGGAUUCCAUAUUGGUCAAUUCAGUCAACCAUGGGAUAAAAGGCAACCGUACGAAACUGAUAUAAGAGUACCUUUCUUCAUCAAAGGUCCCAAUAUCAGCCGAAAAACUUUGAUUAACGAUCCUUCAUCUACUGUGGAUUUGGCUCCAACUAUUUUAGACUUGGCUGAUGUCAAAAUUCCCAUGACUAUGGAUGGAAUAAGUAUGAAGGAUAUUUUGUUGAAACGUACAAUCAAUCGAUCACGACAGAAUAUUUUAAUUGAAUACCAUGGUGAAGGGAAUGCUAACAGCGUGGAUAAUGAAUGCCCUUGGGCUGGAAACGCAAAUUUAGCAGAAUGCAACCAAGAUAAUUGGUGCAAAUGCGAAGAUUCUCGUAACAACACCUACGUAUGUUUAAGAAGGAUAACAAAUAUCGAAAACAUUAAAUUUUGUAGAUUCUUCGAUGACGAAGAUUUCAUAGAAUAUUAUGAUUUUGACUCGGAUCCGCACGAAAUGACCAAUCUUUGGGUACAUCACAAGAUUAUCAGCAAGAAAUACCAUCAAAUUUUAAACACUUUGAUGUCGUGCAAAGGAGUAUCUUGCACAAAAGCCGCAAUUAAAUAAACAAAAAAUAUGUCUUUAUAAAAGUCAAACGUCUGUUUUAUUUACUUUUUACUA